CCUACCACAAUCAUUUCAAGUUUCAAGCAAGUGAUUAAACAUGUAGGAGCUUCAUGUACACACAUAUAUACCAGAUGAGGAAACGGAUAAGAAACCAACAUAGGAAGAAGGAAAAAUGAGUUUCAAGGUAGCAAAAGGUGGUGUCGUGGUUGGGAAAUACGAGUUGGGAAAAACCAUUGGAGAAGGAAGCUUUGCGAAGGUGAAGUUCGCCAGAGAUGUCAACAACGGCAACAACGUUGCCAUCAAAAUCCUCGACCGCAAACAUGUCCUCCGCCACAACAUGAUGGAACAGCUGCAGCGAGAAAUAUCCACCAUGAGACUCAUCAAUCACCCAAAUGUUACUAAAAUAUUUGAGGUGAUGGCGAGCAAAACAAAGAUUUACAUUGUUAUGGAGUUACUUGAUGGAGGAGAGCUAUUUGACAAAAUAGCUGCAAAGGGGAAACUUGAAGAAGAUGAAGCUAGAAAUUAUUUCCAACAACUUAUUAAUGCUGUUGACUACUGCCAUAGUAGAGGCGUGUAUCACAGAGAUUUGAAGCCUGAGAAUCUUCUUCUGGACUCGAAUAGUGUUCUUAAAGUUUCAGAUUUUGGGUUGAGUACAUACACGCAGAAAGAGGAUGAACUGCUCCGCACUGCAUGUGGAACCCCAAAUUAUGUUGCUCCUGAGGUGAUUCAUAAUAAAGGCUAUGUUGGUUCUACAUCUGAUAUUUGGUCUUGCGGAGUCAUUCUCUUUGUACUUAUGGCUGGGUUCAUGCCUUUUGAUGCGCCAACUCAUAUGGCUCUGUUCAAGAAAAUUAUCAAGGCAGAAUUCACUUGUCCAUCAUGGUUUCCACCACAGGCAAAGACACUGCUGAAACGCAUUCUAGACCCAAAUCCUCAAACGAGGAUAAAAAUUCCUGAGCUCUUAAAAGACGAGUGGUUCAAGAAAGGAUACAAGCCAACAUCUUUUACUGAGGAAGAGGACCUAAGCAUGGAUGAUGUAACCUUCGCUUUCAACGAGUCUAACAAAAAUCUAGUGACAGAAAGAAAAGUGAAACCCGUCUACAUGAAUGCUUUUGAGCUCAUUUCUAGGUCACAAAGUUUCAAUCUUGACAGUUUGUUCGAGAUGCAAACGGAUGAAGUAAAGCAAGAAACCUGUUUUACUUCACAGUGCCCUGCGAUUGAAAUUAUGCACAAAAUUGAAGAAGCAGCCAAGCCGCUGGGAUUUAAUGUACAAAUCCAAAAUUAUAAGAUGAAGCUGCAAGGUGACCAGAACGGAAGGAAGGGUCACCUUUCAAUGGCUACUGAGGUUUUUGAAGUGGCUCCCUCAGUGCACAUGGUGGAACUUCGAAAGACAGGGGGUGAUACACUUGAGUUUCAUAAGUUCUACAAAAUCUUCUCAUCAGGGUUGCAAGAUAUUUUCUGGCAUACAGAAGAAAAAAAAUGAAGCUUUAAAGUAUCUUGAAAGAGACGUUUUGAUCAUGUAACAUUUUAUCCACAGCAAGCUCUUGAAUAGGGUAACUGUUUCAAUGAUUUGUUAUGUUCUGUUUCUAGUGCCAUUAUCAUCCUGUGGUUCAUGGAAGACCCGGUGAUUUGCAAAGUCUUUGGAAGUGUCUGGUUGGAUGUUGGAUAUGAGAGAAAAAUAGUGUGCAUAUGGUUAAAUGAUGUUGUUUCUUAGUGUAGAGUAGAAUGUAAAUAGGGGAAAAUUAGACAAGUAGGCCUUGGAGUGUGUGUAAUACUUGCACUUAGAUUUGAGCUAUCUGUUGUAUUAAACUACUGCACAUAAUUCUAACCAUAAAAGUCU